AUGACUGUCGAUCCCGAACGUCCCAUUACGCUGGACUCUGUCCUUGCCUCUCGCGCGCAUUCGGAGCCUAACCAACGCUUUUUGCUGCGUCCCGAGCGCGAUAGCAUAGACACGGACGCGCAACCUAUUACAUACGGUAUUUUCGACGGUCAUGUCAGUCGCCUUGCCCGGAAAUGGACUUUGGACGAGCAAGCCUCAGUCAUCCGCCCGCGAGCCGUCGUGGGCGUGUUCUUCCCAUCCGGAUACACUCUGGCUGCGGUUAUGUUCGCGCUAUUGCGUUUGGGGGCUGUGCCAUUCUGCAUCUCCAUCCGCAACUCGGACGAAGCUGUUCGUCAUUUGGUGAAGGUCGGCAAUGUCUCUGCAAUCGUAGCAGCCAAGGAGAACGGAUUAUAUGAGAGGAUAUGGACCACGUUACAGUGUAGCGGCGAUUCUGGAAUUCCAAUUUUCGCAGUCGAGAAGAACGAACUGCAAGACCCGCCUUCAGAUGUCGAGAAGGCAGAGAAUCCCUUUCCCUCCCUGCCCUUUGGCACUAUCUCGGGAGAUGACACUGCGAUUAUGCAACACACGUCAGGCUCCACCGCCUUUCCCAAGCCCGUCCCCCUGUCUAAUAGGCUACUCCUGCGUUCUUUGCAAGGCGGUACCUGGUGGGUCGACAACCUUCACACUCGCGGAGAUGUCGCAGUGGGGCAACCGCCCAUCUUCCAUAUGUUUGGCCUCAUCGGCGGACUGCUGAACGCCCUCUACAGAGGGCAUACCUUCGCUAUCCCGCCUCUGCCAGCUGAUGAUAACAACGGCUUGUUCCCUGGUGCGCAGACUUUACGGAAGUACGCGCUGCGCGUCGGAGCGACCGAAUUCUUUGGCGUGUCCAGCUCGGUCGUGGGACUAGCCCGAAGUGAAGGUGGCAUUGAUUUACUCAAAACACUUAAGCGAGUCCUUGUGGCAGGCGCCCCCAUGCCCCGUGAGAACGGUGAUUGGAUCGUCAAUCAGGGAGUACACCUUGUUGAAGGCGUUGGGAGUACCGAAGGCGGCUCCCUUCUUCACUCGAAUCGACCUCGCGGCGACCCCAACUGGCAGGCUAUGCGAGUCUGUUGGAACGUUGACCAUCAUUUUGAGCCAUUCGGACAUCCCUCCUCAGGUGUCUAUGAACUGAUCUUACAUUCGUCGGAACUGUCCGGCAAGUUUCCUGGGUCGGACCCGGAGACAGGUCAUUUAAGCACGCAUGACUUGUUCCAAGAAUAUCCGGAACCUGGAUCCAACACAUGGCGACACUGCGGACGUAGCGACGACGUGCUCCUGCUGAGCUCCGGACAAAAUUGGAAUCCACGUCCAAUGGAAUUGCAGAUUGAAGCGUCGCCGAUCAUUCAACACGCCGUUAUCUUUGGUCAUGCCCGACCAUUCCUAGGCGUGCUGAUUGCACCCCGCGUGUCCGGCUCAUUUGUCGAGCUGGAUAACGGACUGAGAGAGCAAAUCUGGAGUGCCGUGCAGGUAGCAAAUGCCGUUGCCCCGCGAAACGCUCGUAUCGCUCGCACGUGUGUCAUCGUCCUGACACCGAAGGGAGUCGUUCCUCUCGAUGAUUCACCUUCUACGGAAGAGCAGCAAGUAGUGAAAACGAUACCACUGGCUGAUAAAGGCACGCCCCUACGACCGAAGACGUAUGCACUCUUCAAAGAAGAGAUCGACCGAGUGUAUGAUGGAGUAUUUUGA